AUGACAACUAAUUACUUUGAAGGUCACAACAGAAUUAUUGGUAUGGUUCAUGUCCAUGCUCUCCCUGGAACACCUAAUUACUCAUCAACUGCUGGAAGAUGUAGAGCAAUCAUUGAAAAGGCUGUAGAAGAAGCUACUGUUUAUCAGCAAUGUGGCUUAGACACAAUUAUGAUAGAAAAUAUGCAUGAUGUACCUUAUUUAAAUAGUACUGCUGGACCUGAAAUUACUAGUGCUAUGAGUAUUGUUGGGUAUGAAAUAAAACGACAAUUAAACCUUAGAGUUGGUGUUCAAAUUCUUGCUGCAGCAAACAAACAAGCAAUGGCAGCUGCGUUUUGUUCUGGAUGUGAUUUUAUUAGAGCAGAAGGCUUUGUUUUUGGUCAUGUUGCUGAUGAAGGUUACAUUGAUUCUAAUGCAGGUGAAUUGUUAAGAUACAGAAAGAUGAUUGGCGCUGAAGAUGUGUUAGUUUUUACUGAUAUUAAAAAGAAACAUUCUGCCCAUUCUAUCACUUCAGAUGUUAGCUUAAUUGAUACUGCAAAAACUGCUCAAUAUUUCCUUUCUGAUGGUAUUAUUAUUACAGGUACUUCUACUGGUGUUAAAACUGACCCACAAGAAGUUCGUGAUGUAAAAAAAUCAGUUUCUAUCCCAGUCUUAGUUGGGUCUGGAGUAACACCUGAAAACGUUAAUGAGUAUUCUAGUGCUGAUGCCCUCAUCGUUGGUUCAUAUUUCAAAGUUGAUGGAUUCUGGAAAAAUGAAUUGAGUAAGGAAAGAAUUCUCAAAUUAAUUUCUGCUGUCAAUGAAAAUUAA